AGUCAGUAUUGAAGCAACAUGGCUUUAUUGCUGCUAGGAUCUUUCAUUGUUCUUAUUAGCACUGCUAAUGCAGUUGAAGAAACAAAAAUUUGUAUUCCUUGUGACUGUAAGGAAGCAUAUCAACAAGGUAAAACAUGCAGUGGAGUAUAUACUAUCAAACCUGAUGAAUUACCAGCUUUUGAGGUAUAUUGUGAUAUGAGUAAUGGUGGCUGGACUGUAUUUCAAAGGAGAAUGGAUGGCACUGUUAACUUCUAUCGCAGUUGGGCUGACUAUACUAAAGGGUUUGGAGACCUCAAUGGAGAGUUUUGGCUUGGACUUAAUAAAGUAAACCGACUUACAAAAAGCAGCACUAGCCUACGUGUUGACUUGGAAGAUUUUGAAGGGAAUAAGAAAUAUGCCACUUAUAAUAGUUUUCAAGUAGGAAAUGCAGUCACAAAGUACACACUACGUGUAUCAGGAUAUGGAGGCAAUGCUGGUGAUGAUUUGAGCUAUCAUGAUGGAAUGAAGUUCUCUACUUAUAAUCAAGACAAUGACAUGCACUCAACAAAUUGUGCAGCAACAUAUAAAGGAGCUUGGUGGUACAAUCGUUGUCAUAAUUCAAACCUAAAUGGUCUAUAUUUGGUUGGCUCUCACACAUCAUAUGCCAAUGGCAUCCAUUGGUAUCAUUUUAAGAAGCAUCAUUAUUCACUGAAGACAACUGAAAUGAAGAUCAGAAGGAAAUAAUUUACAAAUUGAUAUUAACAUUGUUAGCUAGACUAGUUAAAUGCAUAGAUAUUAUUUUGAUUGAGUAGAUAUA